AUGGGGAGAGAGCAGGCCCGACUCGGCCAAAUCUUCUCCACCGCGCCGGCGGCCAGCAGGGCGAGCGCGGGGCGGAGCUUGCGUAGGCCGGCGUCGGCCAACCGAGCACUGGAGGGACGCGGGGCCAACAGGGCCGUGCGCGCGCACGGUUGCCGACCAGCAGGGUCGCGGCGGAACGUGGGCGGGCGCGGGCGAGCGCCGGAGGCGGUGCAGGCGCGGGCCGGCAGGGCAGCUGCGGCGGGGCGCGUGCUCGUCGGCCAGCAGCGCAGGGGCGGCGGCCAGCAGGGCCGCGGCGGCAGCGCGUGCAGCAGCGCAGGGCGAGCGCCGGAGGCGGUGCAGGCGCGGGCCGGCAGGGCAGCUGCGGCGGGGCGCGUGCUCGUCGGCCAGCAGCGCAGGGGCGGCGGCCAGCAGGGCCGCGGCGGCAGCGCGUGCAGCAGCGCAGGGCGGCGGCCAGCAGGGCCGUCGGCGGCGGCGCGUGCAGCAGCGCAACAACAACGAUGCGCGGCACCGCGGGUGCACGUCGCAGCGGUGCUGUGA